GCGGCGGCGGCGGCGGUGGUUUGGACUGCGGCGGCGGCUGGGACGGCGCCACCGCGCCCGCGUGUUUCCCUGCUGCCGGUGCGUUCGGGGUUGCGGCGGGCGGCGGCGUCGUAGACGACGCGGACGACUUUUUUGGCGGCGGUGGCGGUGGCGCGGCCGCCGCGGUCCGCGUGGCGCCGGCGGCCGAGGUGGCGGGCGGGGGGGCGCCGUUUAGCAAGUUGGUGGGGGAGGGCGGGGCGGCGGAGGGAGCGGUGGAGGACGCCGGCUUUGGAGACUUUGCGCAAUCAGAGCUCCUCUCCGCGCCAGAGGAGGGGAGCACCUCGGCCAGGCUGGGCGACCUCGUUGACGAGCCGUCUCGGCCAACCUCGCCGAUGGCGCUGCUUGGCUCCUCCCCGCUGCCCGCCGCGCCGCCCGCCGCCUCCGCCCCGUCCGCCGCCGAGGCGCGCCCCUUGGCGGAGCUUGGCGAGCCCAGCGACGGCGUGCUGGAGGGCGGCGCCGAGGCGGCGGCGGCAGAGGGCGGGGCGGUGGCGGCGGCGGCAGAGGGCGGGGCGGUGGCGGCGGCGGCAGAGGGCGGGGCUGUGGCGGCGGCGGCUGUGCCGGCCGAUGCGCCCGAUUGGGCGGGCGA